CCACUCUAACCUGUCCACCGUCGGUGAUUUAUUCUACACGCGGUGUAAACAUGUUUUCGGUUGUACCGUUCAAAAAUGUGUUCAAACAUCGUUUCGUUUCAGUUUCAAAAUUAAAAAGUUCCGUUAAGGAUUUCUUGUAAAUUUAUUUAAAAGAGAUAGACUGCUAUUACUACAAAUGUUCGAGAAGGUUAUGUUUGUUCUAAGCGAUGAAGAUUUAUUGAUACAAACACCGAAAUGCAAUCCCAUAGAAGAGCAUUUAAUGAAACAGCUAUGAGACGUACAAACUCGAAUUGAAAAGACAACUAAAAAUAUUAAAGAAGUCCAAGUUACGGCAGGAGAAAUUUAAAUAAAUUGCAAUACCAAACUCAGUAUAGAAAAAAUGUAUCUUCAAGUUCUGACAGUGAUGCGAAUCAUCAAAGUACUGAAAGAGUCGAUUUCGGCCGAGAAAUCUUUUCGAAACCUCGAAAACGAACAUCUGUACUAGGAGAACAUGAGCACCAAAGAGGUCAUCGAAGAUAUCUCAUUCUAGGAAUAUUUUUCACAUUGUGAAUUCUAGGGAAUUUCGUUAGUAAAUAUUGACUACGCUGUUCUUGGAAUAGAUAACUACAUUCGUUGUUAUGACUAACAGACAUAUGUUUUUAUAGUUCGUGGCACCUCUGCGUUUGGCGUAUUAAAAUGUCGCUGACAAGUUUACUACCUGCACCAUCACAAGUGGUGUGGGAUAGAGAAGAUGAAGCACGCGAGCAAAAGUUGCGUCAAAGACCAGUGUCUGCAUUGGUCAAAGCAGUUGUCACUGCACCUCCUUAUGGACAGCGUAAAGGAUGGGUUCCCAGAAAUCCAGAAGAUUUUGGAGAUGGAGGAGCAUUUCCAGAAAUUCAUGUGGCUCAAUACCCACUUGGCAUGGGAAUGAAAGGCAAAGAAACUUCAAGUAAUGCAUUAGCCGUUCAAUUAGAUGCUCAUGGAAAGGUGAAAUAUGACGUUAUUGCUAGACAAGGACAUUCUAAAGAUAAGAUCGUUUAUAGCAAAUUGAGUGAUUUACUACCUUCAGAAAUAACAAGUGAAGAAGAUCCUUCUUUGCAACGUCCUCCAACAGAUGAAAUAGAUGAACUCACAGAGAAAACCAAGAAAGCUUUGGAGAAGAUAACCAGAUCAAAGAUAGCCGCAGCUAUGCCAGUGAGGUGUGCGGAGAAACAAGCUCCAGCGCAAUAUAUUCGGUACACACCUUCGCAGCAAGGACAGUCCUUCAAUUCAGGUGCUAAACAGAGAGUUAUCAGAAUGGUAGAAGCUCAGAUAGAUCCCUUGGAACCACCGAAAUUCAAGAUCAAUAAGAAAAUACCAAGAGGUCCUCCAUCGCCUCCUGCACCGGUUAUGCACUCGCCGACAAGAAAGGUCACCGUGAAAGAACAAAAGGAAUGGAAAAUACCACCUUGUAUUAGUAAUUGGAAAAACGCCAAGGGUUACACGAUUCCUCUGGACAAACGUUUAGCCGCAGAUGGUCGUGGUUUGCAACAAGUCCACAUCAACGAGAAUUUUGCCAAACUGGCUGAAGCUCUUUAUAUCGCCGACAGGAAAGCUCGCGAGGCGGUAGAGAUGCGAGCACAGUUGGAGAAGAAAUUGGCUCAAAAAGAGAAAGAGAAGAAGGAAGACCAUUUGAGACAGCUCGCACAAAAGGCCAGAGAAGAACGUGCUGGCUUAAAAUCUUCUGCCGCAAUGGACAAAUCGGAGGAGUCUAGGGAAAGGGACCAACUGAGGCAAGAAAGACACAAAGACCGUGCUCGCGAAAGGAAUUUGGCACGAGCAGCACCUGACAAGCGUUCCAGAUUACAACGCGAACGCGAACGCGAUAUCAGCGAACAGAUAGCGCUCGGUUUACCGGCGAAGAGUAUUCCCAGUACCGGGGAAGCCCAAUUUGAUCAACGACUGUUCAAUACGAGCAAGGGUAUGGAUAGCGGUUAUGGCCACGACGAUGAGUACAAUGUCUACGAUAAACCAUGGAAAGAUUCUAACUCUAUUGGAUCACAUAUAUACCGACCCAGUAAAAAUAUCGACAAAGACACUUACGGAGAUGAUUUGGAGAAGCUCGUUAAAACAAACAGAUUUGUUCCGGACAAGGAGUUUAGUGGUACUGAUAGAUCAGCUACUCGAUCCGGGCCAGUACAGUUCGAGAAAGACGAGGAGGAUCCGUUCGGUUUGGAUCAGUUCUUGAAACAGGCGAAACGUGCGAGCAGUUCUACCACGACAACCACCAAGCGGAAGGACGAACGCGAUCAACGAAGGGAUGACCGCGACAAACGAAGGAAACAUUAGCUUUUCCUCUUCUCUAAUUAUACUUUUAUCAUUUUAGACGUAACACACCGAUUUUCUUUGUCUCAAAUUGGUGCAUACCAUUUCAAUUGAACCUACUUUAGACUUGAGAUAAACGAUGAAGUUUAAAUACACCUUUAGGGUUGGCGGAAAUCGUAUUUUUUUUUUUACUGAUCCGCACUGUACGAUGAGCUAUAAGAUGAUACUGCAAGAACUCUAUGGAUGUGUACAAAAUUAUUGCUAAAUAAAUUAUUAUUUAGUAAAAAGAGAA